AUGGACAGAAUUGAUGAAAUGUUCGAUAUGAUCAAAGCCGUCAUGGCGAAAUUAGACACGUUGGAUGAAAUUAAGCAACGCAUCGUUUAUGUUGAACGAGAGUUAUCAGAGAUGAAAAAUUCAAUUGAAUUCGCUCACGCCGAAAUGAAAGAGUUAAAGGAAGAGGUGGUAGAAUCAAAGAGAUCUGAUUAGGAAAACAAAGAAAAAAUCAGCGUGUUAGAGGAAGCAAAUCAACAUCUGCUAGACAGCGUGAUUGAUCUCAAGGCUCGAUCCAUGCGUGACAACCUACUCUUUUACAAUGUUCAAGAAGAUGAAAAAGAAAACAUGAGCGACAAGAUUUAUAAAAUCCUCGAAGAAAAUUUGCAAAUCCCUGAUGCCAGAGAGAAGAUUAAAAUAGAUCGAUCUCACCGAGUCGGAAGUAAGCGUGAUAGCAACCGUAAGCCGAGAGCAAUCGUUGUGAAAUUUAACUAUUUUCAAGAUCACGAACAUAUUCGAAUGAAUGCCAGGAAACUCAGAGGCACACGCAUUGGAAUCGCGGAACAAUUUCCCGAAGAAAUCGAAAAGAUUAGACAAACAUUAUAUCCCGCAAUGAAGAAGGCGAAAGCGCAAGGUCACAGAGAGCGUAUGGUUCGAGACAG